GGUGAAAAUCUAAAUAAAAAUAAGAGGAAAAAUAAAAUUCAUUGUUGUUAAUCGCAAAACACCUGUUUGAUCGUCAAAAAUUGCCUUUAUUUUGUUUUACUGUCAACUCAGUCAAUAAGUUAUGCCUAAAAUUGUGUCCAGGAGCAUUGCCUGUACAGACUCCAAAAAUGAAGAGGAAUACAACGAAGAGAAGUCUCUUAAUGUUUAUUAUUGUCUAUGUGGUCAGAUGUCGUUAAUUUUGGAUUACAAUUUGGAUCGAUUGCCAUUGAGGACAACUGACAAUGCCCGUGUAAUCGAUGGAAAUAAACGUGUUUACAAAUUACAUAUCGCUGAAAAACAGACUGAUGAUAUUGUCUAUAUUGAAAGAGACAAAGGUGUUGAGAAACAAUAUCGAUAUUAUUGUAAAAAUUGUAGUUUGUUGAUAUUUUAUAAACAUAAUCCGAAUUCAAAAAUUCUAUUCGUAGUUCAAGGAGCUUUAAGGUAUCGCCCUCGAGACAUUCUAACCCACAUUCCAGCCGCUCAAGAUAAACAAAAAGUUACACGAAGGACUCGUGAUAUGGGUAAAUUUGGCUGUGUUACUGUAUCAACUGUUGACGAAGAGGAAGAAGAAAUCGAGGCUCGCGAAGUGGCCGACAGUUAUGCUCAAAAUGCUAAGAUUAUAGAAAAACAACUGGAACGUACUGGAAAAAUAAAACGAAAACAAGAGACCGAAGAGGAACCAAGUCUGAGUAGAAAAAGUAAACCAAAAGGAACUUUAAUCGAUUGGAAUUGAUUACCUUAAUUGAUCUGUAAAUUUCAACAAUAAUGUAAAACGAUGACAUUUUCAUUCUGUCGAUUGUGCAGUCAUUUUAUUAAAGGUUAUGUACAUUGAAAAAAA